ACCCUGAAAAAUUCUACUAUUGAUAGGUAUACAAUCCAAGACAAGACAAGUUUUAUUUCUGUUUUUAUAUUCGAUUUUACUUGCAGCAUUCAUGUAGCCAGGGCGAUUAUAUUCUUGUGCUUAUUAAUUUGUUAGAAAAUAAUAUAAAAAUGAGUAAAAUUAAGUGAAUAUGUUUUAAUUCAUAUCGAAUGUUGAGUGUUGACAAUAGCAAGAGUUACGAAUUUACCUUGUACGUUUAAUCUUCGUUGGAACGAUAUGGAACGGUAUUGUUGUUAAUACAAUGACCGAGAAGGGCUACGAGGGCGACCAGCUGUCACCAUCCUGGGAUAUCGCUGGUCCAUCGUCUCUGGCAGCCAUCCUGGACACUAUGUUUACAUCUACAACUUCUGACAAUCACCAGAGAAAUGAACAAAUGGAAUGCGAUGCAUUAUUUGCAGACAGUGACGAUGAAGUAGAAGUGCUGCCAACAACAUCAGAACAAAACGAAAACUCUGCUGCGUCAGAAAAUAAUCCAGCUGGAACACCUAAGCCGGUAUCAUCUAAUUAUGUGAAUUCAACCACACCUAAUCAAUCAUAUGAAGUGAAUCUAUCUUCUCUCUCGCACCCUGCAGACUCACACACUCCUGUCCCUGAAGAGUACCAACCUUUACCUGACAGUUCUAGCUCACUUGACUACUCCUUUGGUGGUAAUCCUGACAGCACUGACAGCAGUGGCCAGAGAAGACUCCCUGACCUAAACAUCCGCUACCAGCCAAAACCCAACUCACUUAACCAACAAGGUUAUUAUUUUCCAAACUAUGCCCAUUAUACAGGCAUUCAACCAAGGGAGUAUGGGGUGCCAUACCAUAACAACGUAAUUGUUCUUCGUGAUGGUAGAAACUUCUUAUCACCUCCAUUGCCAUACUCGAAUGGUGUUCCUGUGCCUGAAAAUCUUUCAGAAUAUGAUUAUUUAAAUCGAGUGUCAAGUAUUUACAAUCAUAGACCUGCACAAGGGGAUAGCGGAAAUCCAGCAAGUGGUUUAGAACGUCCUAGUCGCAAACUCAACAUCUCUCCUCGGAGACGCCACUCGAAAGAGAAUGAAGUACCAUAUCUAAUAGAAGUAAGCUCAGAAGAAGAAGACAAUGUAUCGUCACCAAGAAAGAGACAGCGUGAGAGUUCGGCCUUCAACCAGUAUUCGAGUAUACAUGGGAGUGGUGCAGGGAAUGGAAGUGGCAGUCAGUCUGCAGAUACAGCUAGAGUGGAGGUAAAGGGUGAACCCGGCAAUCCAGUUAGGCAAGCGAGUGUUACUAUACGUAAUGCCGCUAAUCUACUACUGCAGACUAUAGAACGACAACAAAAUAAUCAGAACAACAACAUGCAACCACAAAAUAUGUCUACAGUGAAGACGCAAAUAAAACAGGAAAAUACAGGGAGUGGAUCUCGCAGUGAUUGUACUUGCGCAGUGAAUUUACAAAGUAAUUCACAGCCGACUCAAAAUCACAGCGAAAACAGGCAAAAUGGAUCUCAAUCAAGCAGGACGAAUAACCCGAGUUCUAGUGGCGAGACGUCGGCAUCGGGACUGUUUGUAAAAGUGAAGGAAGAGCCUGGGACACAGCAGCCGGUGGUGAAGCAGGAACCAAUAAAAGAGGAGAAUAUACCGUCAGUGAGUGUAAUUAAAACAGAGGCAACAGAACCGGUCCAAGUUAAAACGGAACCAAGCACAUCUAGUAACGUUCCUGUCCCUGAAAACGUUGAAGUGAAGACCGAACCUGACAAUUCUAGACGAUGUUGCAAAGCGGACGGUGGCGGCGACCGCAGGCCGCAGGAAUCGUCUCCUCAACCUGGACCCAGUUCGGGAAGGCAGACGGAUACCAGGCCUACAAAUAAUCAGGAGUCAUCAGAAUCCGACACGUCGGCGAGUGGCAAUGUACUGUCGGCCCCGGACUUACAAUUGGAUUGGGUCUCAGAUUCCAGCUCUGACGACGGUGUCAUGCUGGUAGGAGACGACUCCAAUGGGCAACAAGAGGUAAUAGACUUGACGGGUUCACCGGGACGGGCUAACUACACGCAGAGCGAGCAGGUCUACGAGCGGGCGCCGGGCGAGCCUGCCUCGGGCGUCUGGACGGCCACCGCGCGACCGCACUCAAUACUGAGUCUGCCUCGCCGCGGUAGCUAUCCGCCACAUCUCAACGAACUCCCACCACAUGCACAUCUUGUGCGGACUAGAGUGCGAGUGGGUGCCUGUGGGGGCUGCCGGCGAUGUUGCUGUGGACACGCAGGCUGCGCAUGUUGCGGCGCGCCGCCGCACCCACCGCACCACGCGCACCAACCGCCCCGCGCGCACCCCACGCAGCACCACCACCACGCCCCGCCCGCACACAUGGGUGAGCGUCGUCGAGAUGGCCUAUCUGUCGUCCCCCCAUACCCCGUCCACGAGAGACUCUGGCAGCGACAACAUCACAUGAUGGAGCUGCAACGUCGCAGUAUGAUGGGCGAUGGAUUCGGAGCCACCUUCGCACAGUUCCCGCCCGUGCCCCUCCCGCCAACCACAGUGCUUUCUUUUCCGGACGAAUUGGACCGUGAUAUAGCGAUACCGCCUCCGCCACCACCCCCGAUGAUGCUGCGGCGGCGACUGACGAGCCGGGUGAUUGCAGCCAUUCGCGGGCAAAGACCCGUCACUACGUCGAGUGACAGGCAACAUAUCCACCACCAUAUGCAUCAUUAUAUGCAGAUGCACCCUUCGCCGCCCCACCUUCACAUAUCCAUCCAGCCUUCUUUCAUGGGGACGGCGACUUUGGCGUCGAUGGUGUACGCGGCCGAGGCGGAGGAGGCGGAGAGCCGAGCGUGGCGCGGGCGGGGCGCCUCCAGCGCGGUCAUAGAGAGCAACACAUACCGCCAUGCAUAUAGGCCGGCGCCCAGCCAUCAGGACGAGAAAUGUACCAUCUGCCUGUCGAUAUUCGAGGUGGACUCGGAUUGCAGGCGCUUGCCAUGUAUGCACCUUUUCCAUAUGGAAUGCGUGGACCAAUGGCUGAGUACGAACAAGCACUGUCCUAUCUGCAGGGUGGAUAUUGAGACACAUCUCAAUAAAGAUGCCACAUUUUAAACUACAAGUUGUAACUUCAUGUUUCAACUUGUCCUCCAGCUGAGGGGCACUGAGGAUGGCUUGUUGCUGCAGUUCCAGACUCUCCUGCUGCAGUUCAUGCGUCAGCUGUUUCUGCAUGUUGCACGACCUGCAACAUAAUAAUAUAAAUUACUGCCACUAUUAUGUAUAUACACUGAAUAUCAAUUAAGCAUAAGAGUAUUUUUUGUUUUAUAAAGUUUUGUUACUUUUAUCAUUAUUACAAAGUUAGAAGUCAAAAGAAGUGACUAUUGUUGUUUUACAUAUUAAUGUGCAUAUGAAGUAUCAAAUAUAUUAAAGUAAAUAAUGAAUGCAAUCUGUUAAUUUAAAGCACUAAAAAUGAAUAUUGUAAAAUAUCUUAUAAAAAACAUAACUUGCUUUAAUAAACUCAUUUUUUUUACAUGUA